CAGCCGAACAGAGGGAACGGCGAGCGGACUUGACUGAGGGCUAAAAUACCGGGCAGUCUGACACAUCACGGGCAGUGUGACCGUCUCUAACUUUUGAUUUUGAUCACCUUCAAGACGCUCUGGGACUUUAUUAUUUUACCAAUGGCUGUGACCGGAGCCGGGUGCGAUUUAACAUAUUCCAAAAUGAGAGGGAUUGUGUCCAUUUUCGCCGCCUUCAUCAAGGAGCGGAAAAUGGGCUUAAACGACUUAAUUCAGAAGAUGGGCUCCAACCCGCAGAUCUGUCAAAACUCAGACGUCCGAGUUUUCUUGAAAAUCGAUGAGAAUCAGAAGAAGGAGGCAGAGGAAGGAACUAAACCUUGUGUAGCGUCUCCCGGGAACUCUCUGGCUAAAGAGACUCAGGUCAAGCCGUCUGACUUUGACUAUCUGAAGAUCAUCGGGAAAGGAAGUUUUGGGAAGGUCCUCCUGGCCAGGCACAAAGACAGUGAGCAGUACUACGCUGUCAAAGUUCUGCAGAAGAAGAUUAUCCUGAAGAAGAAAGAGCAGAAGCACAUCAUGUCGGAGCGCAGUGUGCUCCUGCAGACGCUGCAUCACCCCUUCCUGGUGCGGCUGCACUACUCCUUCCAGACCCCCGACAAGCUCUACUUCGUCCUGGACUACGUCAACGGAGGAGAGCUGUUCUACCACCUGCAGCGUGAGCGUGUGUUCCUGGAGCCGCGAGCGAGAUUCUACACUGCAGAGAUCGCCUCCGCCCUGGGGUACCUGCACUCCCUGCACAUCAUCUACAGAGACCUGAAGCCGGAGAACGUGCUGCUGGACUCGCAGGGCCACAUCGUGCUGACGGACUUCGGCCUGUGCAAGGAGGGCGUGGCCCCCAGCGCCACCACCAGCACCUUCUGCGGCACGCCGGAGUACCUGGCCCCCGAGGUGCUGCGCAAGCAGCCGUACGACCGCACCGUGGACUGGUGGUGCCUGGGCUGCGUCCUGUACGAGAUGCUGUACGGCCUGCCCCCGUUCUACAGCCGGGACGUGGCGGAGAUGUACCGCAGCAUCCUGCAGCGCCCCCUGGAGCUCAAACCGAGCGUCUCCAACGCCGGCCGCGCCCUGCUGGAGGGGCUGCUGCACAAAGACCCCGCGCUCCGGACCGGGGCCCGCCACGACCUCAUGGAGCUCAAGUGCCACGCCUUCUUUUCUCCCAUCAACUGGGACGAUCUGAUGGCCAAAAAGACCACGCCCCCUUUUGUACCGUCCGUGAGCGGCCCUGUGGACCUGCAGCACUUUGACCCUGAGUUCACGCACCUCCCCGUGCCCGGUUCCCUUGGCAACAGCGAGUGCCUGGUGACCAGCAGCCUGCGUGAGGCGGCCAGCGCCUUCCCCGGCUUCUCCUACACGCCUCCCGCCACGCUCGCCUGCCCGUAACCGCGGUGACCAUGCCUUCCUGUAUCCGUGGUUACCAUGCCUACCCACAGCUGUGGUGACCACGCCUUCCUGCAACUGUGGUUACCAUGCCUACCCAUACCCGUGGUGACCACGCCUUCCCGUAACCAUGCCGACCAUGCCUUCCCGUAACCAUGCCGACCGCACCUUCCUGUAGCCUUGUCCUGCUGACCAGUCCUUCCUCUCAGGGCCACUCCUCUGGACUCUGGAUGGCAGAAGGACCUCAGUGCUGCCACCUGCUGGCUGGAGGACAUCAGAACACACGAUAAACUGUUAAAAUGCCAAACGAACCCUCAGUGCAGCUGGGUGCUCUCUGAUUGGUACAGAGAGGCAGGGGGAGGAGCAGUGCCUGUCAGAGGGGGGCGGAGCCUCCAAAACAGCACAAGAGAGGCGGAGUCACUGUGCUCCUGUUACUGAAGACCAAAGUACAUAGUGUUCCGAGAGAGAGUGUGUGUGUGUGUGUGCAUGUGUGUGUAUGUAUGCGUGCGUGAGUGUGUGUGUGUGUGUGUGUGUGUGUGAGUGUUUGUGUGCAUGUGUGUGUGUGUUUUGUGUGUGGAGGGGUGGAGAGGAACUUGAUGCCGUUCUGUUUUAGGGCUGAGAGUUUUCAUGAUUCAUAUUAAUAGAGUGAUGAAUAGGGCACAUGUUGCUGACGGUAGACUGUCCUGCUGGCGGAGAGCAGAUGGAACCUUCCUCCAGCACACUGGCGUGAACACAGUCAUGCUCCCUUACCC